AUGAGUACCAGAAAACCGCCAGUCAGGACCAAGCGCCGUGCUCACGUACAGCAGUACAGUACGGGCCAAGCUCAGCCCAGUGUGGUGCCACUGACGACACCAUUGGCAACGGCCAAAAGAUCAGAACCUGCCACAUACGGUACUUCUGGAACACUAGCGUUCGACAACUCAUUGAACGCACAAUCGGUAGCACAUUCAAGCAUGACAGUUGGACCACCUCCUAAUGCUGCGGGUAAUCAUCAACCUGUAUCUCUUUCUGCUCAUGUCGAUGGUGCGCUGACUCUAGGGGAAUUGCUGGAGUUCUUGACUCAGGAAGGUUCUGAUUUGGCGCACUCGACGCCAAAAGUCGAGACUGCUGGCGCUCCCGGAGCUAAAGUCAACCACUUGCCACCUCGUCGCGGCACAGCAUCCACUCGAGACGUUGAAACACCAAGUAAAUCGUCCGCGCAUGUCAACCAGAACUUUGGGCCCCAAUCACCAAAGCAAGAUGCAUGGGAUGCCAAUUGGGAUGAAGAAGCUGAGUGGGAUGAUAAAGAUCGUUGGGAAGCCAAAGAACAGCAUCCAGAGGAGUGGAAUGAGGACAAGUGGGAGGCAGAUGACCAAUGGGAGGUCCGGGAAGCCCAAGAAGCCCAUGAAUCUCAGGUUGCUCAGGAAUCACUGACGACCCAGGUUGCCCAAGAAGCCGAUCCUGAAGCCGGCUGGGAUGAGAAUGAAGAUUGGAAUGAACAAGACGAAUGGGAAGAAGAGGCGUGGGAUAAGAAUCAUGAAGAACCUCCACUCAAUGACCAUGAGAGUCAAUCUCAUCUUCCUGUGGCCCAUAGUGCAACUGCAUUUCAUGGCCGUCAGCCUGUUCACAAUCCGUAUGCUCCAGUGCAUGCGAACGUUUCUCUGAAUCAAUACGGGGCACGCCUGUCGCAGUAUCAACCUGGCCAGGAACACAAAAAUUUUGAAGAACAAAGUGCAUCUCAGGAAAACCUGGAGCUUCAGGAUUUAAAUGAGAAAAAAUCACACCCCGUUUUGAAGAAUGAGAAGGUAACACCGGUUUUAGAAUCAGAAAAGGCUGAGAGCCUUCCGGUUGACCAAGGUUAUUCUAAAGACGAAAUGCAAGAACAAUGGGAGCAACAGCAAGCCGAUCGCCAACACGCAUGGGAGGUAUCAGAGCAUCAUCCUGACGACCCGAAUUACGAACACGAACAAGCUUCAUGGGUGCGGGAUCAGAGGGAUUGGAGGGACUCCAAUGAUCGUGACUGGAAUGAAGACUCAAAUCAGGAGCAAUCCGUCUCGUGGGAUACGAAUGAUGUUCAUAAUGAAGAGCCUUGGUAUGUCGAACAGGACCAAGUGGGGCAGCUCCACGAGACUACCUCGCCAAACCAAGCUCCUGUGGAACUUCACCCUGUAGCACAAGAUACUGAGCCCGAAAAUCACCACGAUCUUCAUCUUGAAAGUCAUUUCCAGGAGAAUUAUGACCAGAAGAAGUAUGACCAGGAGAAUUAUGACCAGGAGAAUUAUGACCAGGAGAAUUUAAACCGGGAACCUUAUGAUCAUGAGCAUGAGCAUAAUGAAGAGGAUAGUUUAAGCCAGGAACAAUACGGCCACCACGAACAGUACGAGGAACACUUCAACCUGGAACAACACAAGGAGCAACACGAGGAGCAACACGAGGAGCAGCACGAGGAGCAGCACGAGGAGCAAUACGAGGAGCAGCACGAGGAGCAACACGAGGAGCAACACGAGGAGCAACACGAGCAGCAACACGAGGAGCAACACGAGCAGCAGCACGAGCAGCAACACCAGGAACACUCUAAUUUGGAGCAGCACGAAGAUCAGCACGAAGAUCAGCACGAGGAUCAACAUGGGGACGAAAUCAAUUACAUUCAGGAAGACCAGCAACCGGAUGAUGCAGUGCUGAAUGGCCAGGAACCGUUUGACCACGAGCAGUAUCAGCAAGAGCAAGUCAUCACUCAAGAACAUCAAGGUGCUUCUGAAUUUUGGAAACGUGAAGAGCAGUCGAAUGCAACAGUACAGGAGUGGCAAGAAAUUGAGCAAUCAGUGCCAUCAAAUAUUAUGCUGGAGCCUGUUUCUGGGUUAGCAAGUCUGACAAAUACCUAUGAGCCUCAUCCACAGAGCGGAUUACCAUGGGAUCUUACUGAAAAUGAAGACCUGGUUGUUUAUCAUGGUGACAAGUUCCGUUCCAAUGCCUCAGUACAUGAGGAAACAUCGGAAGCACUUGGGUCCAAUAGGAAUGAGCAAGAUCAGACCGAGAAUCCUCAUGAACCAAAUGCCCAUGCUCUGAAGUUAGCUGCUCUCGAGAAAUUAGAGUUAGAUGAUGAUUUACUUCUUGACGAUGACUUCUUGGAAGAUGAUGAUUUUUUGGAAGACUCAUACCGGGGACACGAUGAUAUCCAACCUCAAAACAUUGAUGUUUGGAAUCAGGAGGCAAAUCUUCACCAGAGCCUUGCUCAGGUUGCUCAACAGACUCCUCAUCAACCCGCACAAGCACAAACUGAGGAGUAUCAUCCAAUUCAACGAGAAGUACAGCCGGCUAAACAGGAUCUUCCAUUUAAGCCAAUAACUUCAGUUAUGCCGGGAGUAACAAUUCACGAGACUUCCAAUGUUGCCACCAAGCCUAAGCCACAAUCAGCGAAUGCAUCCAAGUACUCGAAGGCAGCCGAGCUACCAAGUGCAUAUCCUACUCAACAGGUGUCUCAAUACCAGCUUCCCAGCUCUGCCGAUAUUCCGGGCCCAAAGAAGGCAGAGGAGGAAUUAAAGAAGAAACUUGAUGCAGCAAAGAAGAAAAACGAUGCUUACGACUUCCCUAUGACAUUCACUCAGCCUUCUAUUAAGCCAGCAUCGAGAGUUCAUUCAAAACAAUCCGCUUCUAUCAUAUCUACCACGGGCCCAUCAAGCACUUCUGGUAGUACCGAAGUAGUCGUUAACGCACCUCCAGUACCUGCUAAAUCAGAGGUGUCAUCUUCCGCCGCUUCCAGCCAUCGGUCGUUUUUUGAAGACCUCCCUGAUACUCUUCAAAAGCCAUCUCACCGUCCGGGACGUGCAGCCGUGGCAAAAGUUGGGAAUACUGUAGAGCCUGUUAAUCAGCCGUCGGUAGCUCCUAGCCUCCCUUCUAAGAAGAAGUCUCCCAAAAAUCCUUACGCACUGUUGGCACCCAAGGCCGCUGUUUCUCCAAUGUUGGGUAAACCGCAAAUGGGGGUUAUACCAACGAACCAGGCACCAGGGAAUGUGCCAACCAAUAACAUUCCAAUGGGGCAUCAUACUGCCUUGGGAGCUAACCUUUCGAGCAGCUCUCAAAAUCCGGGUGCCUCAGCUACUCCUAACAAGUAUCUGCCUUUGAAUGGACCACCAACGGGUUUACAUCAUCCUCUGGUUGGGGUGUCUAUUCAUUCAAAGUUAGGUCCCACGGGAGUUAUGCCACCUUCGGGAGCUGCACCACUGUCUGGAGUUAUUCCACCUUCUGGAGUUAUACCACCCUCUGGUAUGAUGCCACCUACGGCAGCAAUUCCUGCUGGUCCUCUCCCACCUCAGAGUAACUUUAACCAGAACAGCUUUAACCAGAGUAACUCUAAUCAGAACAGCUUUCAUCAAGCUAAGAGUGGUCCAUCAUUCCAAGCUGGUAACCAGCAUGGAAUUCAGAAUACUUUCCAACCACAAGGGCAACAAUCGAUGAAUUUAGCUCCGACAGCAAACGUUUAUGCACCAUCUGCUCAACACGACCGUUUUUCACCUGCAUUACUCCAUAGUAACCUCCACCCUGGACAUCCACCUUCCCAACAGGCCACACCUUUCCCUCCCGUGCCUCAGGGACGGAGUGAUCAUCCAGUCUCACCACGGGUCAAUACUAACGUUCCUAAAACAUCUGAUAAGGGUUCAGCUUCAAGUCCCUACGUUCCGCAUGCUGGACCAUACGCACCAUCAGCAAUCAACAGAGGUCACUCAAGAACGAAUUCCAUCAUUGGUGGUCGUGGUAAAGAGGUCAAUCCGUAUGCUCCAGCUCAAGCAACCGGGGGACCUAUUGCCAAUUUAAUUAAACUGCCCAUGGUUAGAAAUCGUGGAAGGUCUGUUGGCAAGCAGAAUGUAGCGAAAGUUGGACGGGCGGAUCCCUCCACUCGACAGCUACCUAUCUUCAACUGGGGCAAUUCACAGAAUAUUGUUUAUUUGAUUCCAGGUGCGCAAUACGGUAUGGAGCCUGUUAUUAAGAAUGUUCACGUUUCGAAAACGGCCAAAGUAUUAACCAAAUUGGAACCUUUCGCCGAUUUUCCCGGACCUUUGACAAAAUCCAAGUCAAAGAAGAAGGAACUUGAAGCUUGGUUGGAGAAGCGAAUUGCAACAUUGCUGGCUGUAUACUCUGAUGAGUCGGUCCUCUGUCAAGUCUUGCAUGCUCUUGUCCAACACGAUGGUCAGUUCACCUUACCGGCAUUGCACAAGGUUUUAGCAGGUAUUUUGACUCCAAAUAUCGACUUCAACGAGGAACAGAAGAUUCCCCCAACUUACUUGAAUAUGGGAACACCUGGAUCUGCAGCCAAUGCGUACAAAUUAGACACAGCAGGUACUAACUUCGUCUGGUCAUUGAUUCAGACAGGUAACCGUGAGGCUGCUUUGGAGUACGCAAUUUCAAAGCAAGAUUGGGCCCUCAGUUUUGUUGUGGCACAUUCUAUUUCUCCAGAACGAUUCUCAAAAGUCGCCUCGGAUUAUGCUAGAAUGAUGUUCCCAUUCCAGAAGACUCAGACCAACAGAGUACAACACUUGAUGCCAAUCAUAAUGAAGACAUUUGUGGGAAAUUCGAAGGGUGCCGUUUCCGACUUCUUGAACGUCGCAAGUGAAGGAGAAUUCGGAAAAUUACAUUACCGUGAGAUUAUCUCUGCCAUCAUAGUCAAUGGAGCCUCGAACGAAUUCUUAGUUGAAUAUGGUAAGUUCUUGGCGGAUGCCAACUUGGCUUUGGCCAGCGAGCUUUGUUUCCUGCUUGCAGGUGUCAUCAUGUCCUUGAAUCCUUUGGCAAAUGGCGCCGUAUUUUCCUCGGUUGGCACUUUUACCAUCUCUCCGGUUUACAGUGAGAUUUAUGAGUAUGUUCUUCUGGUGUCUCCUAUAACGGGAAACAAUAUCCCUCCAACUGGAUUGCUCCAUUUGUUACCAGGUAAGAUUGCCACUGCACAAAUAGCAGCAGAUUUGGGGUCCUUUAUCACAUCUAGAAAGUAUUGCGAUCACAUUAGUGGUUUGUUGAAGACUUUGGGAAGAUCGCCAUCAGUUACUCCUCAAGCACUUCGCGACUUCCAAAACUUGUUGGUUCGCAUAUCCGAUACCAACUCCACCGAUUCCGGGUGGUUGGGCACGAAACUUAGCAGAGUUAACCUUGAUAAAGUUUGGGGUCACUUGGACAAAUUCAUUGGAGGAGAGGAUACUACCCCUAAGCCGGCUGAUAAUGGAGUAUUCAGCAAGUUCAGUCCAUCUGUGUCAAGAAAUACAUCGGCUUUGGAUGUUUCUCAGAUGGGUAACUCACCUCUGUAUCGUCCAGAAUUACAACCUCAACUCAGUUUUGUCAGUGUUCCACCAACUGAGUUCUCUAGUCCCGCACAUUCAGCUCGUCCUCAAGUUACCCUGCGAUAUGCGCCAGGUGGACCAAACCCAAAUCAGGCUCCCAAGUUUGCUUCUGCCGUCGCCAGUCAGCAGGGCAGUCAUGCCCCAAUGAAUAACUUAACAAGACACGUACAUGAGAAUGGUUCUCAAGUGAGUUUGCAGGAUGAUGCGAGACCAGCUUCAAAGCAUUCUCACAAGAAGAGAGUUGGGGGCAACAGUGGCACACCAAUAAACAUGAUGUACGGUAACAAAACUGCGCACUUAUCGUCCCUGUCUUUGGCUUCUCAGACUAGCAUCCACCAGCCUCCAUCAUUUGUUGCUCAUCCUCCUACAGGCGUGAAAAGAAGCUCAACUGCAGGUGUCGGAGCCUCUGAUAUGCAAAGCAAAAAUCCCUACGAAACGACGUACGGUAGGCGGCCAUCAAGGGGUCAUUCUCGCAUGUCCUCUCUUCAAAGUGAGAGUAGUAUUCUUUCUGAAGACAGAAAGCCACAACAAAAACCACACUCUAUUCCAGAGUUUCUGGAAAGCAAUGCAUCCAUCACUGUCGAGAAAUCGAACACUAAAUGGAAUGAUCAACAAUCUGAUGUUCCACCUCGUUCUGAACCACGGGUAGAAUCUCCAAGGGGAUUUGGCCGCAACUACGAAGUUGAGCCCAUUGAGACCCCAGUCUCGAAUGUGCAAGAAGUCCAUUCGGAUGUUGAUGAUGUAGUGAAAGAUUUGCCUGAGGUCACGGAACAUCAACACGUGAAAGAGAAAGAAGAUUCUCCCAAAGAGGUGAUCAUGAACGUUUCUGAACCAAAGGAAUCACAGCCUAGAGAUCCCCAUAACGCAGAGCUGGUCAAAUCAGAGGCGGAUGUGCCAGCUGAAGAUGCUAAGGAACAUGAAGAGGUGGAAUCCGAACAAAUACCUCCUCCACCUGCAUCAUCGAAGCACGUUGGUCCUCAAAGAACCAACCCUUAUGCUCCUGGAGCUUCUAAAUCAGUGAGCAAGGGAAACAACAAAUAUGGACCUCAUGGCGGCAAAUCAACAAACAAGUAUACUGGAAACGUUCAAGCAAGCAAUUUGUCCGGAGUUCCAGAUGGUGCUCAGAUUGACAUGUUUGAAUUUAGCUCUGAACCAUUGGAAAAGAGGCCAAUGGUGUCCGCCAACCAGGCAGUCAAAUUAAAAGAUGAAAGCAAAGAGGUGUCUAAAAAUGAAAGUAGAGAGGCGGCCAAAGAGGAAGCGAACGAUGAAGCGAACGAUGAAGCGAACGAUGAAGCGAACGAUGAAGCUAACGAAGGAGCCAAUGAAGAAGCCGAAGAAGAAGCUAGCAAAGAAAUUGAUGAAGAGCCAAAGGCGAAGAAUGCAAAUGAAAUGCAAAAAGAUGAAAGAAAAUCAGAAAAGACAAUUGUCCAUGCAUUCUCGGAUGAAAACAUCGGAGAACCUGAUAGAGAAUCUAAAUUGCCUCCACCACAGGCUGGUGCACCUCCGAAGAGGAGGAAUGGUCCUCCAAGGACAAACCCAUAUGCUCCUCCGAAGUCCAAUCCAUAUGCUCCUACCCAUAAGUUGAGCCCAGCUAACGUGGAUGUCAGUUUUGAUGAGCUUCCAGCGGAGAAUGUUAUUGAAAGCCCCACUGGUAAGAAGCCGGUUCCAUUGGUAUUGAAUACUCUGAAUUCACCACUUCCUUCAGCAAAGGAUAAGUUUGCCAAUCCUUUCCAAGGUGAGGAGAAAGCAAGUGGAUUGAAUAUCCAGAAUGGACUUGAUGAGUUUCCUAUUCCAGGAUCUCCAGAGUAUACCACCAGAGCCAAUUCUGUUGUGGGCCAGCAAGGAUUAUAUUCCAGCAGAUUGUCUCAAUCUCAUCAAACAGACAUGUACCUGCAAUAUGAGGUGAAGGAUGAUACCGUUCUUGGAUACAUUCCCGUGGAAGAGGAUGAAGAAGAUGAAGAAGAAACACGGGCCAGACUUGAAGCAAACCGCAAGAAAUUGGAAAUAGAGAAGAAGAAAAAGGAGGCAGAGGAACUGGCAAGCAGGUCGGGGCAAGUCUCUAGAGGUAGCCAACAGAGUACCGCUUCGGGAAAUAAAUGGUUCCUGGGUCUUUUGAAGCUGCUGAAUGACGACAAGCCUAAGGCGAUCAAGGCCAAAUUGGGUCAGAAAAACACCUUCAAGUAUGACGAGAAGCUUCAACGGUGGAUAGACACAAGUCGUCCACUCGAAGAACAGCUUCAGGCUGCAGCACCUCCGCCACCACCUAAGAAGAAAGCGGUCAUUAAGCCAGAUGGUGGAAAGAAGAGUGUCGUUGUUGAAAACUCAAGAGAAGAUGAAGAAGAGGCUCCUGCCAGCCAACCAAAUAGAAGAGGGUCGCAAGACGCUGGCACAUCAGAUACCAAGGCUCCCAAGGGGCCAGGGCUUUCUGCAAGGAAGAGCAUGCCAGCAUUGAGAGGAGGAAAGGACUUGGCUAGUGCCGGACUUGACGAUUUGCUCUCACUCGGUGAUUCGAAUAAACCAAUCGGAGCACGUAAGGGAAAGCGAAGAUACGUCAAUGUGAUGGACAAGAAGUGA